CCGUAGCGUCAGCUCAAUCGAAUUUUGAAACGCGCCAAGUCGAGAUCGAGCAAAAUGUCGCUGCGGAAGAAAGAGGAGUAUAUACCCAUUAAGUGUGAGGGCUGGAAUGGAAAAUUCGUUUAUCCCGACGGAGCCGUGAACAACGUCUCCAAGAUACGCCGUCAGAAUCAGAACGUGACGAACACAAGCAAUUUCUAUGGCUUCAAUACGGAACCGAUUGUCCUGCCCACGGCUUGGGACGGCACCUUUGUGAAGGGCAACGAGACGCGCAUAAAACCCGAACGAAAUCGCUCCGAUGAUCAGGACUAUUUCGACUAUAAUACAGAUCCUACCAUCUUGCCCACUGCCUGGAGUGGCGAGUUUGUCAACGAUCCGAACGAUGUGCGCAUCAAGCCGGAGCGAAACUUCUCCGAUCCGAGAGAUUAUGCGGAGGCAAAUCGCUUCAAGUUGGUGCAGUGAAGCCGAAAUGCAAAUGGCAAUGGCAAAUGAGAGUGAAUUGUGAAUGUUUUGCACUACUAACAGAGCUCUUAAAGAUCUAUUAUCCUAUCUGAUCUUCACACUAAUCGCAAUCUUUAAAUAUUUCAUGUUCCCUUGAGUUUUGCAUUGAAAUUAACCUAAGCGUUGUAUUUGAGUUAUUUAUUUGUAUUUUUAAUAAUAAAAAAACACAAAAACAAUUGUGAACAAAAA